AUCCCUUUCCUAGUGCACAGCACAUUCAACUUCAAGCCAGACUCACAACACUAACGUCCUCAUCUCAGUUGUCUCCACCAUGAAGCUCGUUGGGGGCCUCCUUCUGCUCUUCACAGCAACCUAUUUCUGCAGCAGCUCAGAAGUUACCACUCACCCUUCACCAACAUUUCUUGUGUCUAACCAGGUGGACUGCGACAUAUACAAGAAGUACCCCGUGGUAGCUAUCCCCUGCCCCAUUGAAAACACACCAGUUUGUGGUUCAGAUUAUAUCACCUACGGGAAUAAAUGCAAGUUGUGUACGGAGAUCUUGAGGAGUAAUGGGAAAAUUCAGUUUCUUCAUGAAGGACACUGCUAACUUCUCCAUGAACAAAGAAAGAACAAUGUCUUCGUUGUGUGCAUCAUGUGUGGGCUCUGACAGACUUCCCUUCUUUGCUGAUGUUUUGGUGGGGUUAGAUAUAGAUUCAGCCAUCCUCAUUGACUGUGCAGAAUUGGUGUUCAUCCCUACUGACUCAUGCCUCAUGUAAAAUAGCCUUCUUUUGCCACCUGAAUAACAAUAAAAAAUCUUUCCA